AUGGAAAGCUUAAUCUCCUUGCAAGGAAGAACUCUCUUUCUAGAUGAAAAAGUUGAAUGGCUGGUCUGGUCAUCUGAACAAGAAUCACCAAAGAAUGUAUUCGGAAACAGUCCAACACAGAGUUCUCGGACCCAUAACUCACCUAAAGCCUUGACUCAGUCUCCCAAUGGAGUUGGUAACAUCUCUGGCUCUUACCCAUUGGAAGGGAUGGAUAAGCAGUUCUUGGAAACAUACGACAACGUUACAAAAAGUAGCUCAACGGAAGAUUCCAGUCAGUACUACUGUGAUAAGAAUGACCUGAUUGAGGGAGAUUUACUUUUGGUGCGUAUCAUACCAGAUGAAGAUGGGAAGUUUGGAUUUAAUCUGAAGGGUGGUGUUGAUCAAAAAAUGCCAUUAGUGGUAUCAAGAAUAACUCCAGGAUCACCAGCGGAUAAAUGCGUUCCAAAACUGAAUGAAGGUGAUCAGAUAGUAUUAAUUAAUGGCCGAGAUAUCUCAGAGCACACACAUGACCAGGUGGUCAUGUUCAUAAAAGCCAGCAGAGAAUCUCACACAAGAGAGCUUGCACUUUUGGUCAGACGGAAAGUAGUUAAACAAUUUGUGGAGCCUAAAUCGGAAGACGAAGCUGAUUCCCACAAUCUCCCAGAACCUCUUCUUCCUAUCUGUUCUGAAUACGGUGGUGAUACACUGGAGGAGUCUAUGGAGCAGCUAAAGAGAGGGCUGGAAAGUGGGACUGUCCUUAUUCAGUUUGAGCAACUUUAUAGAAAGAAACCAGGGCUGGCUGUUACAUGUGCGAAGGUACCUCAAAAUAUGGACAAGAAUAGAUACAAAGAUGUUCUGCCUUAUGAUGCCACAAGAAUAAUAUUGCAAGGAGAUGAAGAUUACAUUAAUGCAAAUUAUGUGAAUAUGGAAAUUCCUUCUGUGGGCAUUGUGAACAGGUACAUUGCUACUCAGGGGCCUCUUCCACACACGUGUGCACACUUCUGGCAAGUAGUCUGGGAUCACAAGUUGUCACUGAUCAUCAUGUUAACAACUCUCACUGAACGAGGACGGACCAAGUGUCAUCAAUACUGGCCUGAUCCGCCAGAUGUAAUGGAAUAUGGCAGCUUUCGUGUCAAAUGCAACUCUGAAGAUUGUACAGUUGCUUACGUUGUUAGAGAAAUGGUGAUUACAAACGUUGAGACAGAACAACAACACACCAUCACCCAUCUCCAGUACGUUGCUUGGCCUGAUCAUGGUGUUCCUGACGACUCCAUGGACUUCUUGGAGUUUGUGACCUGCAUGAGGCCAAAGAGAAUAGAGAAUGAGCCGGUUCUUGUUCACUGCAGUGCUGGAAUUGGUCGCACUGGUGUAUUGGUCACUAUGGAAACAGCCAUGUGCUUAAUUGAAAGAAACCAACCUGUUUAUCCGUUGGAUAUUGUACGGAAAAUGCGAGACCAGCGAGCUAUGAUGGUGCAAACAUCAAGUCAAUACAAAUUUGUUUGUGAAGCUAUUCUUCGUGUUUACAAAGAAGGAUUGGUUCGACCACUGGAUUCCAGUUAGCACAGCAGUGAAGGAUGAAUUCUUUUUUCCCCUAAAAAGACUGCUCUUUAAGUAAAGUAAGGGCUUGUUUCUGAAAACAACUGGAAUGGACUAGAAGCCCAUGAAAAGACAGAUGAGCACAUUUGAACUGUGGCACUUUAAAUUUCUCAAGAAGAUUGCUGAAUCGUGUACAAAGUCAUGUAGAUAAAUGUAUGAGACCAAUUGUGUGUAAUAUGCUUUAUUCACAUAGACAACCAUAAACAAUCAUGGAAACCCUAACACAUAUCUUUUACUGCCUUAAAACAGCCUUCACUUCAGAAGUUACAAAGGUCCUUGUAUUUCCUUUGAAACA